AUGUCCGAGCAGGGGAUACCGAUCCAGUCGGGCGACUGGCCUGAGAAUGUCGCCCACGAACAUCCCAGCGUCGAUCAUGGCAAUCCACACCGACACGGACACACCGUGCGCGAACGGGGGUUGAACACGGGCGUCCGAGUCAUGGAUGACGGUCGCCUCGACAUCAAAUUCCGAUCGCAUAAACCCUGGCUGACCAAACUCGUCCAUCUGAUCGACCGCCGCCGACCGCAAGAACCGUCGCGCAAGGCCUCCGUGCUCUCCACCACCGACGCGCCCUUCCCUCUACGCCUGAACAUCGUCAUCCAGGUCGUCGGAUCGCGCGGAGAUGUCCAACCCUUCCUGGCCCUGGGCAAACGGCUCCGGUCGCACGGCCACCGCGUCCGACUCGCCACGCAUCUCGCCUUCCGCGAUGACGUCCUCGCGCAGGGUCUCGAAUUCUUUAAUAUUGGCGGCGACCCGGCCGAGUUGAUGGCUUUCAUGGUCAAGAAUCCGGGCCUGAUGCCUGACAUGAGCACCAUUCGGAGCGGAGCUAUCCGGAAGCGCCGUCGCGAGAUGAAAGCUAUCUUCUCGGGAUGCUGGCGCUCGUGCUUCGAGACGGGGGAUGGAACGGGGCUGCAUCAUGUUCCCGACGAUCCAUGGAGUGGGACCGUGGAUGCCGAGAAUCGUCCGUUCGUCGCGGAUGCGAUCAUUGCGAAUCCGCCGAGUUUUGUGCAUCUCAGCUGCGCGGAGAAAUUGGGGGUGCCGGUCAACUUGAUGUUCACGAUGCCGUGGAGUGCGACGCAGGCGUUUCCGCAUCCGCUGGCGAACGUGCGCAGUCAGUCGACGAAGCCCUCGGCGGCGAAUUUCGCGUCGUAUGCCAUCGUCGAGGUGAUGAUGUGGGAAGGGUUAGGGGAUUUAAUCAAUCGGUUUCGGAAGAGAGAGUUGGGCUUGGAUCCAUUGGAUGCGAUUCGGGCACCGAGUAUUCCGUCGAGAUUGCGGAUUCCGUCCCCCUCUCUCCUCCCCAAACCCGCCGACUGGGCCGACACUAUCGACGUCUGCGGCUUCAGCACUCUCCCCCACGAAUCAAGCUACCAGCCCCCGGACGACCUGGCCAAAUUCCUCGAAUCCGGGCCCCCGCCCAUCUACAUCGGCUUCGGGUCCAUCGUCGUCGACAACCCUGGGAAACUAACACAGAUCGUGUUCGACGCGGUGCGCCAAACGGGCCAACGCGCCCUCAUCUCGAAAGGCUGGGGUAACAUCGGCGGCGACAAUCCCCCGGACAACGUGCUCCUGCUCGGAAAAUGUCCCCACGACUGGCUCUUCCAGCACGUUGCCGCGGUUGUACAUCACGGCGGCGCGGGGACCACUGCUGCAGGACUCCUGCUGGGCCGACCCACCGUCAUCGUGCCCUUCUUCGGCGACCAGCCGUUCUGGGGGUCGAUUGUGGCGCGAGCCGGUGCUGGUCCGCCGCCCGUGCCGUACAAGCAGUUGACGGCGGAUAAGCUGACCGAGGCGAUUCAGAUCGCCUUGAAGCCCGAGACGCGCGAGAAAGCGGAGAAGAUCGGAAAGGACAUGCGUCAGGAAGACGGGGUGCGGGACGCGGUGGCUAGUUUCCAUAACCAUCUGGACGUGGACAGUCUGCGAUGUUCGAUCUGUCCGAAGCGACCGGCUGUAUGGUUCAUUCGACAGUCGAGGAUCAGGUUGAGUACGUUUGCUGCGGCCGUGUUGGUCGAGACGGGGCUGGUGAAUACGAGCGAUGUAGUUUUGUACCGAUCCCAAGAAUACGACACGAAUCGCGACCCCCAGGGCCCGUUAACCGCCGGCGCAGAAGUCCUCUACGGCAUCGUCACCGACUUGAUCGCGGGCGUGGCCACUCUACCGGGCAAUGUCGUCGACAUGUUCUCCCACGAACCGCACGAAGAAUUCCCGCCGACCUGCAAGACGAGCAGGAAAUCCUCUCGGAAGAGUACGCAGAGCGAACGACAUUCUCGGACUCGCUCGAGGAACUCACGGGCUCGAUCGCGAUCGGAGCCUACUAUGCAAUCUCAACUGGAAUCCAACACGCACUCGUACUCGAAAUCGCAUUCCAAGUCACCCUCAACAUCCAACUCAGCUGAAUCCACAGAAUACAACACGCCCGAAGAAUCGAUCAACUCGAACGAAGAAACCACGAGAACCAGUCAAUCCACACCAGAACCAGAACCUGACCCAGCAUCUGCUUCGUCUGCGCAUCGCAACACCACCACCACCACCACCCAACCUAUUCCUACUGCCGAAUCCAACAACACCAACUCAGACGCAGACUCCGACUCCGACACCGCCUCAAUAUCCACAACCUCAAACUCCUCUCUCGGCGCAGAGCUGGACCUCGAGCAAACCCUCACGCGCCAACAAACCGCCACAGAGACGCGCUCCUCGCUACAUGAAAUGUUCCUCGAAACAAGCUACCACAUGACCAAAAUCGCCAAACACGCUCUCGACUUCGCCAUCCUCCUCCCCCACGACCUCACCCUGUCCCUGUCCAAGGGAUUUCACAAUGCGCCGAAACUCUACCAUGAUCGGACGGUCAAGGAGACGCCGCGCGUGUUGGGCGUGAAGAGUGGGUUUCGCGCUGCGGGGACGGAAUUCACCGAAGGCUUCUACAACGGCAUAACAGGCCUCGUGACGCAGCCCUUCAACGGCGCCAAAAAGACCGGACCUCGCGGAUUCAUCAAAGGCAUCGGAAAGGGAAUGGGCGGGGUCGUGUUUAAGCCUGUUGCUGGAGUAUGGGGCCUAGCGGGCUACCCCCUCGACGGGAUGCACAAAAGCCUCCGAAAAUCCCUCUCGAAAUCAAAAACAAAAGACAUCCUAAAAUCUCGCAUCGCGCAGGGCAUGGAAGAGAUGUGUCUUGCGUCGACGGAGGAGAGGGCGAUAGUGAUACGACGGUGGGAGGAGUUGACGAAGGCUGAGAAGGCGGAGAAGGAGAUGGGAGGUGAGAGUAUCAGUCGGGAUGGGGAUGAGAAUAGGAGUGGGGAUGCAAAUGCAAAAGAAGAGAAGGAUAGGCCGGAUGUGCAGGAUGGACUGAGGGCGAUAUAA